AUGUUAUUAAAAGAGAAAGGUUAUUAUUGGAGUAAUGGAUCUUUUUAUUAUGGUUAAUGGAUAGAUAACAAAAUAAGUGGAAUGGGAUUAUUCAUUAAUAAUGAUAAUAUUAUAGUGGGUUAAUUUAACAAUGGACUUUUGCAUGGAUAUUGCUAACUCAUUUAUUCUAAUAAAUUUAAGUAUUGCAAAUAUGAGAAUGGAUAACAAGUAGGAUUAAUAAAGUAUGAAUAUUUCAAUGGAGAAAUUAUUGUUGAUAAUACUCAAACAUAAGAUUAAGAAGAAUUAGACAUUAUUAAUAAAUUAAAUCAUUCUUAUUUUGUAAUAUAAUUAAAUAACCUAGUUGAUAUUAAUGAAAACAUAACUUAAGAAUUGGAAAUUGGUUAAUCAAACUUAACUUUACUUUAGUACAAUUAUCAAUUAAAAUUAAAAUGAAAAUAGAAGAAUUGGAGUGUUAUAUGAUACGAAAUAAAAUAAAUUUGAAUAUGGCUACUUUCUAAAUUAGCAAUUAGAUGGUAAAGGAGGCAUCAUUUUUGAAUCAGGAGAUAAGUAUAUUGGUGAUUUUAAAAAUGGAUAAUUAAAUGGAAUUGGAAUAUUCUAUAAUAAAUCUGAAAAUCAGUAUACUUAAAGUAGAUUUAAUAAUAAUGAGAUUGUUGAAAUUAUUAAGUAAUCUAAAGAUCCAAUUUCAUUAAGAAAUUAAUGGCAUCAAAUACCAAUACCAGAAUUGAUAAAUAAAAAUCAUAUGACACCUAUUAAGUAAAGCAAUUAUUAUUCAUCUAAAAAUUAUAAUAGUAAAUUAUCAAAAUCAAUAAGUCCUAUGAGACCAACAAUUUCAGUUAAAAAAUAAGCUAUGUAUUCAUAAAUAAAAAAUUAUCCUAAUAUUGAAUAUAAAUUUGGAUCUAUUUAAAGUCAUUUUGGAAAAGAUGAUCUUAAUAUUAUCAAGCCUUAUAGGAGCAAAUAAAUUAAUAGUUAUAUCAAAUAGAGUACUAGAAUUGAUGAUUAAAGCAUUAGAUAAUUACAUUAACAACUAUUUGAUGAUGACUAAAAUAAAUUUAAGUUAUUUCACAAUUGAUUGUUUCUUUGUAUAUAAAUAAUUUAUAUAUAAAUAUCUUAAAGUAAAAUGUCAGGUUUAUAAAAUUAGAUGUCAGCCAGUGAAUCAAAGACCUUAAUGUCUAGGAAAUCAUUUUGUGGGUCUAAUUCAAAUAUGAAUUAAUUAUUUAGACCUGAAUUCGGUUCUACACAAAGUUUAGCUAAUCAUGAAAGAUUAUGGCAUUUAAUGUAAAAUUACUUACCUUCUGAUAAAAAAAGGUAUAUUAUAUAAUUUUAAAUUAAGCAUUUAGGAGUAAAUAGUAAAUCAUGUAGAAUUUUCACUUGCUAGAACAAGAUUUGAUUUUCAUUAAGUACAUUGUUAUUAGGCUGUAUCUCAUUCAAUAAGAGAUAGAUUAAUUGAAAGUUUUAAUGAUACUCAAUUGUAUUUUCAUGAAUAGGAUUGCAAAAGAGUAUACUAUUUAUCAAUUGAAUUUCUUAUUGGAAGAUGUCUUUAAAAUGCUGUAGGAAAUCUUGGAUUGUAAGAUGCUUAUACAGAUGCAGUACAAGAAUUAGGUUAUAAAUUGGAAGACCUUUAUGAUGAAGAAGUAGAUCCAGCUUUAGGAAAUGGUGGAUUAGGGUAAAUAAUUAAUUAAUUUAUAGUCGUUUAGCAGCCUGUUUUUUAGAUUCACUUGCAACAUUGAAUUAUCCAGCUUUUGGUUAUGGUAUUAGAUAUAGUUAUGGAAUAUUCAAAUAAUUGAUUUAGAAUGGUUAAUAAGUAGAAGCACCAGAUUAUUGGUUAGAGAAAGGUAAUCCUUGGGAAAUAGAGAGAUUGGAUGUAUAAUAUCCAGUCAAAUUUUAUGGAAAAGUAGUCAAAAGAUAUGAAAAUGGUUAAGAAAAGUCUUUAUGGGAAGCUGGAGUAUAUAUACUAAUUAAAUUUAAUAGGAAACAAUAGUGGCAAGAGCUUAUGAUACUCCAAUUCCAGGAUAUAUGACAUUCAAUACAAUAGCUUUAAGAUUGUGGAGAUCUGUACCAGCUAAUGAAUUUGAUUUUACUAGUUUUAAUGAAGGAGACUAUUUUAAAUCAUUGGAAGCAAGAGAAAAAGCAGAAUAUAUAACAUCAGUUCUAUAUCCAAAUGAUAAUUCUUAUGCUGGAAAAGAACUAAGAUUAAAAUAAGAAUAUUUACUUGUUAGUGCUACACUUUAAGAUAUUAUUAGAAGAUUUAAGAAAGUAAGAAGAGAUUGGUCUACAUUACCAGAAAAGGUGGCCAUUUAAUUAAAUGAUACUCAUCCUUCUUUAGCUAUUGUAGAACUAUUAAGAAUAUUGAUUGAUCAAGAGGGUAUGACUCAUGCAAAUGCUUGGGAUAUCAUUUCUAAGACUUUUGGAUAUACAAAUCAUACAGUAUUACCUGAAGCAUUAGAGAAAUGGGGUGUUGAUUUAUUAGGUAGUUUAUUACCAAGACAUCUUGAAAUUAUCUACUUUAUAAAUUUGAUUUUCUUGAAUAAAGUAAGUGCUAAAUUCCCUGGAGAUACACAUAAAUUAUCAGCACUCUCACUUAUUGAAGAAGGUCCAGUGAAGAAAAUCAGAAUGGCUAAUUUAUCAAUCAUAGGAUCUCAUAUGGUUAAUGGUGUUGCCAGAAUUCAUUCAGAUUUAUUGAAAACUGAUUUAUUCAAAGAUCAUUAUGAAAUGAGACCAAAAAAAUUCAUUAACAUUACUAAUGGUGUAGCACCAAGAAGAUGGCUUAGAUCAUGUAAUCAACAAUUAGCUAAAUUAUAUGAUGAAUGGUUAGGCACAGAUGAAUGGGUACUUAAUAUGGAUAUGUUAAAAACUCUUGAAGAUAAAUGUGAAGAUUAAUUAGCAUUAAUUUAGUUUAUGAAAAUAAAAAGAAAUAAUAAAUUAAGACUUAUUAAAUGGGUUAGAUAAUAUUGUAAUGUAGAAGUUAAUGCUGAUACAUUAUUUGAUAUUCAAGUUAAAAGAAUUCAUGAAUACAAAAGAUAAUUCAUGAAUAUACUAUAUGUCAUAUACAGAUAUCUUUUAUUAAAAGAUACUCCUACAGAAGGAAGAAGAAAAUUCGCACCAAGAACUGUUUUUUUUGGAGGAAAGGCAGCUCCUGGAUAUUUGAAUGCAAAAAGGAUUAUCAAAUUAAUUAAUUCUGUUGCUGAAGUUAUAAAUCAUGAUCUAGAUACAAAUCAUUAUUUGAAAGUAGUGUUUCUACCCAAUUAUAAUGUAUCAUCAGCAGAAAUCAUUAUACCUGCAUCUGAUAUUUCUUAACAUAUUUCAACUGCAGGUACAGAAGCAUCAGGAACAUCCAAUAUGAAAUUUGUGAUGAAUGGUGGAAUAAUAUUAGGAACUUGGGAUGGUGCUAAUAUUGAAAUUGCAGAAGAAGUUGGACUUGAUAACAUUUUUAUUUUUGGUGCAAGAGAAGAGGAAGUUGGUAAAUUAAUUGACAAUAUGAAAAAUUCUGAUCCUUAUCAAUAUAUUCAAAAACCUUUAUGGAAUGUUAUCUAAACUAUUAGAUCUGGUAUAUUUGGACAUGAUCAUCAUGGAUUAUUAGAUUCAAUAACAAAUAGAAAUGAUUUUUAUUUGGUAGGUCAUGAUUUCUAUCAUUAUGCUUAAGCUCAAAUUAAAGUAAUAUAAAUAUACAUUAUUUAAGAUCGAUCAAUUAUAUCAAGAUAAGAUAUCUUGGGCAAAGAAAGCAUUCUAUAAUUCUAUCAGAUCAGGUAAAUUUAGUAGUGAUAGAACUAUUCAUGAAUAUGCUCAAAAAAUUUGGUAUAAUUAUAUAUCUUAACUCUUAGGAAUAUAAAACCCAUUGUUGUACCUUAGCCUACAGCCAAUAAAUAAGAUAGAUUUAAAAUCUAAAAAUGAA